UAAACAUUAGGACAAGUUAAAUUUCAUAAAUUUGUUUCAUUGUUGUAUUCGAUCUUUUUGCUUAAGAGCACACCAGUUAGCUGAACCUUUUAAGGUCUUCAUUCGCAAAGACGAAUAAUUUUUUGAAUUUCAAAACAACUUUUAUUUUCUCGGAAGUUUAGAAGCAUGGAACCCACGACCUCCAUGUCCAUAAAUUUCCCCGAGGCUCAAAAUUUGGAACACAAUUCUAAGUCUGAAUCACAUGGGUCUGGUCUGCACCAAUCAGAACGCGCUAUCAGCUCCGACCAAUCAUCACUGUCCUCAAUUCGCUCAAUGCUACCUUCAAACUUUCAAUUUUUGUCUCCUAAGAAACGCCUGCCGAUUAUCAACAAUGUGAUGGAUUAUAGCUUAAAUAAGUUCAGUCGAGAUUUGGUGGCUGGGCUAACUGUUGCCUUGACCACUGUGCCUUACUGUAUUGCCUUGUCAAGUAUUUCCGGGUUAGACCCGGAGUACCCGUUAGGUGCCUCGAUUAUCGGAAACAUUGUUUACGCCUUUCUUGGAACCGCCAAAGAUCUCAACAUUGGCUCUACAGCUGCCGUGGCCUUACUAAUGAAGAUCUACACUGUGAUGGGGUGUCCUGAUUACGCGAGGUUCCUAACAUUCUACACUGGCGUAAUCGAGAUCCUAUUUGGUGUGCUACAAAUGAGCUCGCUGGUGAACUACGUUUCACCAACAGUUUUAAGCGCAUUCAUUUCUGCAACAUCGCUCACAAUAAUAAUCAGCCAAACUAAACAUUUCUUAGGACUGACAUUUGAUUGCUCGGACCGAAGUAUCGUCAAAUUGUUCCAAAUAUUCAAAUACAUCGACAGCAUCAAUUGGUCUGAUUUCUCAAUGGGACUUUUUUCCCUCAUUAUUCUCUUUGCCCUGCGGUUUUUGGCCACCAGGAAAAUUUGGCAGCAGAAAAACUACGAUGCCAGUUUUUUCCGAAUUUUCGGGCUUAAAGUGCUGGGGAUUUCUAGUUUGAUGUCGAAUGUCAUUGUUUUAGCAAUUGGAAUCUUAAUUGUCUACGUUUUUGGAGGUGAAAUUCUUAACUUGACAUUGGUCAAAAGUGGUCUGGAUAGUCAAAUUUUGACCAAAAAACAACCUCUGCCGUUUUUCGUUAAGGACGAAAUUAAAAAUAAGACUCUCUCUUUCGACGAAAUGUUCCACAGUUCCCAGUUCGGUUUGGUGACAGUGCCACUGCUCGCCAUGUUGUUCACGAUUGCAGUCGCAAAAUCAUUCGGACGGAAAAACGAGUAUAGAAUUGACGUUACGCAAGAGUUUCUCGCGUUUGGUGUCGCAAAUGUCGCCGCCUCGUUUUUCAAGAGCUUCCCUAUUGCCGCCAGUAUAUCCCGAACGGCUGUAAACUCCCAUUGCAACGUCGCGACGCCUCUUUCGGGUUUGUUUUCGUCAGCUUUCGUUGUUUUGAUCGUCAUGUUCGCGUCGACUAGUUUGAAAUACAUACCGGAAUCUUGCCUUUCGGCUGUGAUUAUCGCCUCGGUUAUUUUCAGCAUCGACGUUCAAACUGUGAAACGAACACUCAGGGUUCAAAAGCAUGAUUUCGCUGUGAUUUUGAUAACCAUUUUGGCGGCUUUGAUUUUUUCACCCGAACUGGCUUUACUUUUGGGUAUAUUUUCCUCGCUGGCUUUUGUACUAAUCCCAAUGUCUAAGCCUAACCCAGAAAUCGAAGAGUUCAGAAAUGGACGAUUGCUGAUUGUGAGAUUCGAUCACGGCCUCAACUUUCCCGCCGCCGAAGCUUUGCUCGACUAUUUUGUGGAGAAAUGGGAUUAUUACAACUCUGACGAACGGUUUUCAGCCGGAAAACCAAGUCCAAAACUAUGUGUCGUAGAUCUACAUAACAUAUGCCAGAUGGAUUAUUCGGUUUUUCAUGGACUAGCGACAGCAAAGGAGUAUUACGAAUCACGUGGGACCUUUUUCUAUUUUAUUCGAGCGAAGCCGAACGUUAAAAAGUUCUUCGAAUCUAUCAGCGGCGACAACUUGCUUUUAAGACUGAGAGUUUUUGAAAGUUUCGAAGCAGCAGUUGAUUGCUACCGAAAAGAGAAAAAAUCUUCGACAACUAAAUACGCCAGCAUGUCGUUGAAGUUCAGCCCUGGACCUGGAACAGCUGCUCUCAUGGACAGCCAUGAAAUGGCAUCCCUAUGUGGCUCAUUGUAUCCAUAGACUUUUGGACUGAUUAUGAAAAAAAUAAAAAUCACAUCAAAAAUUCCAUUUCAGCCCGAUUUUUGACUUCAAAUAUACUACGAAUUUGACGUGUAUUCCUCUCAUGUAUCAGAUUGAAUAUUUUUUCAAAGUAGAAAAUUUAU